AUGCGAUUGAUUUUGCUUCUAUUUCUCCCCGUAUGGAUAAAUUGCUUCUACACCUCCAGCGAUGGAAUUGCUGAGCUCACUGACUCGAAUUUCGAUUCAAAAGUUUUAAAGAGCGAUCGCAUUUGGGUGGUAGAGUUUUACGCGCCUCAUUGUGGCCACUGUAAAUCGCUGGUUCCCGAAUACAAAAAAGCGGCGAAACUUUUGAAAGGAAUCGCAUCGAUUGGAUCGAUUGAUGGGACGAUUCAGAAGGCGUUACCGUCGAAAUACGGUAUUAAAGGGUGGCCAACGAUCAAAAUAUUCGGUUUGGGCGAUAAAUCGAAACCAAUCGAUUAUGAUGGACCAAGAACUGCAAAAGGAAUUGCGGAAGUGAUUCAGAAGACGAUUAAGAAGACGUUGGAGGAGAGAUCUGGAGGAAAAUCCAAAAAAUCCGAAAAAUCCUCGAAAAAAUCGGGAAUUUCUGGAAAAGUAGUCACUUUGACGGACUCGAAUUUCGAAAAAUUGGUUCUGAACAGUAAGGAUACUUGGAUGGUCGAAUUCUUCGCUCCCUGGUGUGGACAUUGUCAGAAAUUGGCUCCGGAGUGGGAAAAGGCGGCGAAAGCCAUGGCUGGGAAGAUUAAGUUCGGUACACUCGACGCAACCGCCCAUCAAUCGAUAUCUCGAAAAUUCGGAAUUCAAGGAUUUCCCACGAUCAAAUUCUUCGCUCCAGGAUCAACGUCAUCUGAUGGAGAGGACUAUCAAGGAGGGCGGACGUCAUCUGAAUUGAUCUCGUAUUCAGAAUCCAAACUAGAAGACGUCGUCAAUUCCAAAGAUCCAGAAGUCAUUGAAGGAACGUCAUCUGAUUCUAUUCAGGAGACGUGCCAGAAUCGACAAUUGUGCAUUUUCGCAUUCCUACCAUCGAUUUUCGAUUGUCAGGCGAAGUGUCGAAAUGAGAAAUUGGAGAUUUUGAGAAAAGUGGCCCAGAAUUUCAAAAAACGGUCGUUUGGAUGGGCUUGGUUGGAAGCAGGAGCCCAAUCUGAUGUUGAAAAGGCUUUUGAAAUCGGGGAUUCUGGCUAUCCGGUCGUUGUCGCGAUGAGUCCAUCUAAGCUGAAAUUCGCCACUCAAAUUGGCCAAUUUUCAGUGGACGGAAUCAAGGAAUUCUUGAAUUCGGUGACGUAUGGAAAAGGAAGAGUCCGAGAUGUGCAGCCCGCCCGUUUGUCUGGAAAUUGGCUGAAAAUCGUUGAAACAGCUCCAUGGGACGGCCUGGAUAAGGAACUUCCAAUCGUUGAGGAUAUCGAUUUAUCGGAUAUCGAUCUGGAUUCGUCGAAAUCGGAACUUUAA